UAAUAUUAGAUUGCGACGUAUUGCAGGAUUAAGUCUGAACUCGAGCUUCAGUCAAGGCUGUCGAAAAUAAUUAAAAAGAUAAAAAAUACAGACGCAUACGUAGGUCGUAGAGUGCGAAUCUUGUGCAGUUCUCGGUUAGACAGUUCACGGUGGUAUUCGUCUUUUUCGAUAAUUUGAUCAUCAUUUGUGAUUCAGCUAUAAUUUCGAGCUACAAUGCCGCGAGGAAAAUUUGUGAAUCAUAAAGGCAGGAACCGACACUUCACAAAUCCGGAGGAAUUAGAGGAGCAACGGCGCCAGGAAGAGAAGAAACAACAGUGGAGAAAAAAUAAAGGGCAGGAGAGUUCCAGUGAGGAAGAAGACGAUGAGGAACCUAAAACGAGUGGGGCUAAUAGGUCGAAGAAUAGUGCUACAGAUAGCGAUAGUGAGUCAGAAUCAGAAUCGGAAACAGAGGCAGGAAAGGCAAAAGGUGUAGAGAAUUUAAUUCAAGUAGAAAAUCCAAACAGGGUACAAAAAAAAACUAAAAAGUUGUCCCAAUUGAAUCAAUCGUUAGAUACUGCAAAACCAGAACUAUCUCGAAGAGAAAGAGAACAACUGGAAAAACAAAGAGCCUACGCAAAUUAUCAAAAAUUGCACGCGGCUGGUAAAACGGAUGAAGCUCGAGCGGAUCUAGCGCGACUAGCUAUAAUUAAGCAGCAGCGAGAGGAGGCUGCAAAGCGGCGGGAAGAAGAGAAAAAACAAAAGGAGAUUGCGCAACAGAAAAAGACCGAGCUAACACAGAAGGCGCUUGGAAAAAAGACCUAGAAUGUUUCAAUGACUAAUUACAUGACUAAUUGAUUGCUACAAUAUUAAUCCAGAGAUUUGUUCCAAUCUCGAAAUUUGGUAAACCGGCCCAUAUAUUUGCUAUAUACGUUUUACAAUAUGUUAAUAUCAUUGUUUAUAUAAAUAUAAUGAAUUAAAUGCAAUCUUUAUAAGAGUC